GGAGCAUGUGUGGAAAUGCUCCUGCCGUCAGUGCUUUACCUGUGACUUCAGCACAACACGAGAGGAGGAUCGGAAGGAGAAAACUCAUGUAGGACUGAAACAUGGGCUGGCAUGCUUCCAUCACAUUCUCACUCUUAAAAGACUGAAGGGUCUCCAGCAGAGCUCACAGCAUACAUGAGGAUCCGCGAUGCUCUGGACACCUCCGAAACUCCUGCAGACCAUCUCAAUCACUUCAACUUCUAACGCCGAGACAACUUCAGCACAAACAGCAUCUUAAUGUGCUCCAUCCUCACAUAUGACAGCCCUUCAUGUUCGGACGUGUUCUGCAUUCAUGAAUUGUUCUUAAACAUUGUUUUGCGAGUAGAGAAAGACAGAAGUACAGUGAGUGUGAAUGAAGCUCUUUAUUCAUUUAUUACUGAUCGAAUCAGAAGACUCACUUUAGCCUCCAGAAGAAGUAAAAAGAACAACUCCAGCGCAUUGAACGGCUCGUAUAGUGAAAUAAAGAGCUUCAUGGAUUUGUGUAUCUGGAACAUUCGUCUUUGACAAACGAUUGUGAAAGACGGGGAAAAGAAAAGAAAACAACAAUAACAAGUGGAAGGACUUUGGAGAGGAAGAGCGCGUCCGUGCGCAUUUCUCUGGGAUAUUACCAUACCCACCCGCGUCCUCAUCAUCAUCCUAAUCAUUAUUAUCACUCUUGUGUUGAAUAAAAUGAAAGUUUGGACUUUUCUCCAGUGUCUCGCCAUCCUGCUCGUCCUGUGUGUGGGAUCAGACUGCGGGACGGUCCUGAGACAGACCCGAUCCAAACGCGAGCUGGUGAAGAUCAGAGAAGCCAAAGCGGUCUUCCCGGGGGCUUGUGCCACCCGGCUGCCUCGGGGCAAGCGCUCCCUGCCGGCGCUGGACCGCCGGCUCCCCCGCCAGCGCCGACGCUCCUCUCCGGUGGAGGAUGCAAGCUCCUAUCGGGGAAAAGCCGUUUAUUUUACGGGCAGAGGAGACCAGCUGAGACUGAAACCCGGCGUGGACAUACCAAAGGGCAAUUUCACUCUCCAGAUGUGGGUCAAAGCGGAGGGUGGGCAGCGUUCCCCCACCGUUAUAGCUGGUCUCUUUGACAAAUGCUUCUAUGCCUCCAGUGAUCGUGGAUGGCUGUUGGGUAUUAAAGCUGUGAGUGAACAGGGAAACCGUGACCCACGUUUCUUCUUCUCCCUUAAAACGGAUCGAGCACACAAAGUUACGUCCAUUCAUUCAAAUGCCCGCUACUUGCCCAACCACUGGGCCCAUGUAGCUGUGACUUACAAUGGCCUCUAUAUGAAGUUAUAUGUCAAUGGUGCUCAGACAACUGUUAGCAGGGAACAAUCAGGUGAUGUCUUCAGCCCCCUUACUAAAAAGUGUAAGGUGCUGAUGGUGGGUGGAAAUGCCUUGAGUCAUAACUACAGAGGCUCUGUGGAGCGUGUUGGUCUAUGGCGACAGGCUCUCUCUCAGAGGCAGAUCAUGAGGGACAUGCAUGGACAUGAGGACCCUGAGGACCUGGUCGACCUGGUGAUCCGUGAGACAUUUGAACACCCAGCACGCAAAUGGCUGGCUGUGAAGGAUGGCAGCUUCCCAAUACCAGAUGAGGGUCCUCGUGCUGGGUUGGGGUCUUUGGACACUACCCUGGAGCCUCCAGCUUGCGGACAGACGGUGUGUGAUAACACAGAAGUGGCACGCAACUACAAUCAAUUCUGGAGCUUCCGCCGCCCCAAAACAGUACGGUAUCGUGUUGUGAAUGUGUUUGACGACUCUCAGUGCAAACCCACAGUCACGGAUCAACAGAUUCACCUGCAACACCAGCAUCUGAAUGAAGCCUUUAACAUGUACAACAUCACUUGGGAGUUGACUGUGCACAAUGUGAGCAAUUCGUCUUUGUAUAACCGUCUAGUACUUGCCAACUGUGAUAUUAGUAAGGUGGGUGAUGAGGACUGUGACCCCGAAUGCAACCACACUUUGACUGGCUUUGAUGCUGGUUACUGCAAGCCCAGGACACAAUGUCCUGAACAUAAACAAGGGAAUGGCGUCUGCGAUCCAGAGUGCAACUGUGAAAACUAUGGCUACGAUAAUGGAGAUUGCUGCAACCCUAGCAUCACUGAUGUGACCAAGACUUGCUUCAAUCCAGCUUCUCAUUUAAGGGCCUAUCUGGAUGUGAAAGAGGUAAAAGAGAUCCUAAAGCUGGACGGUUCCACGCACCUCAAUAUCUUCUUCGCCAAUUCCUCAGAUGAAGACCUUGCUGGAGUCGCCACCUGGCCAUGGGACAAGGAUGCACUCACACAUCUAGGUGGCAUAGUUCUGAAUCCAUCUUUCUACGGUACAUUUGGCCACACUCAUACCAUGAUCCAUGAGAUCGGUCACAGUCUGGGACUGUACCAUGUGUUUAGGGGCAUCUCGGAGAUCGAAUCCUGCAAUGAUGCAUGUUUAGAGACUGAGCCUUCACUGGAAACUGGAGAUCUGUGUGCAGACACCAAUCCCACACCGAAAUACAAGUACUGCAGGGACCCUGAGCCUGGCAACGAAACGUGUGGCAACCGCAAUUUCGUUCACACGCCCUACAAUAAUUACAUGAGCUAUGCAGAUGACGACUGCACUGAUUCCUUUACACUUAACCAGGUAGCUCGCAUGCACUGCUACUUGGACCUCAUCUACCAGACCUGGCAACCCGACUACCGGCCCCCUCCAGUCCCCAUGUCACCCCAAGUGGUAGAACAGGGACAAGACUCCAUUACUGUGGAGUGGUUUCCACCCAUCUCUGGACAUUUCUAUAACAGAGAAGUGGGAUCAGUAUGUGAUAAAUGUGCAGAAGGUCAUGUCCUCCUGCAGUACGCCUCAAAUUCUUCGUCCCCGCGUCCCUGCUCCCCGUCUGGCCACUGGAGCCCCAGAGAAGCAGAGGGACCACCAGAUGUGGAGCAGGCAUGCGAGCCCAGCGUCCGCACAUGGAGUCCGAAUAAUGGCAUGGAUCUUGGAAUGGUGCCUCCCCCCUGCCCUCUGCAAGGCUGCAUGUUACAGCUGGAGUUUGCAUAUCCAGUGGUCCCUGACUCCCUCACAGUGUGGGUGACCUUCUCCUCCCAGGAGGAAACAGUCCUGCCUGCCAUCCACAAUAUCAUCCUAUUGACUGUCAGUGGCAACAACCUGUCUCUGGGUCCCAGUAAUUUGUUCUGCGACACACCACUGACCAUCAAGCUGGAUGUGCAUGAGAAGGUGUAUGGCGUGCAAUUUUUCACCAUGGAGCAACAUUUGGAAAUUGAUGCUACUCUGCUCACGUCUAAACCCAACUGUCCACUCUGUCAAGAAUGUGAGCCACUGCACUACCGGCUUCUGCGGCAGCCGCCAUUUGUUCACUCACCCAAGGGUGUCAUGCUAAGAGACUCUAUGCGAAGAUACGUGGACAGGGAUGUAGAGUACGGUGGGGUUUACACUUACCAGGUCCAAACAAUCUCCAGUCGGAGUGUGAGUGAACCGUCACCUCCAUUGACACACCGCCUUGGAGCGCCAUACUGUGGAGAUGGUCUCAUCCAGAGGUCCCAGGGAGAGGAAUGUGAUGAUAUGAACACUAUGAAUGGAGACGGCUGCUCCGGCCACUGCAAGAAGGAGCCGUUUUUUAACUGUAUUGAUGAGCCCAGCAUGUGCUACUAUUAUGACGGCGACGGCGUCUGUGAAGACUUUGAGCGGGAGACAAGUGUGAAGGAUUGUGGCCUGUACACGCCGAAUGGUUUUCUGGACCAGUGGGCCACCUCAGUGGAAGUGUCCCAUGAAGAGAGGCUGUACUGUCCUGGUGACGUGGCUGCAGGAUAUCCUGCUAUUACUAAGACAUGCCAGUCUAAAGUGUUUGACCUCUCUGAUGGAGUGUCUCAGUACGCUUGGUUUCCAUGUCGAGAGGCACAGGGUGUUUCCUGGUAUCCUCAGUAUUGGUUAAAGGCGUAUUUCUCACAUCCUAUGGUUGCUGCGGCCGUUAUCAUCCAUUUAGCCGCAGAUGGAACCAGUUACAUUGACCAAACCCAGUGUAACAUCACAGUCCAGCUGAUCGACACUAAAGAGAGCAUCCACAGCUUAGGCGACUGGCGUUUGAGCUGCCGCACCAAUCCUCUGGUCAUCCCAGUGAGUCAUGACUUGAGCAUGGCCUUCUACCACACCAAAGCCAUUCUCCUCAUGUUCCACUCCGAUCUCGUGGCAAUCUCUGGCAUUGGCUUGCGUUCCUUCCAGUUCUUUGACCCAAUCACCAUCAGCGGCUGUCAGAGCAAUGAAAUAUACAACCCCAUGGGCCAGAGUUGUGUUCAUUACUCCUGUGACGCCAUUGAUUGCCAAGAGCCGCUGAUCCGGAAUGCAGAGGUGCAUUGCAGCGACAGUGGCUACUUCAAUGGAGCACGCUGCACUGUUACGUGCAACAGCGGUUAUGUCUUACAAAUCCACCGGGACGAUGACAUCAUCAAGAGCCAGACGGACUCAACCGUGACCAUCACCUGUGCUGAUAGGAAAUGGAACAAGCAAGUAUCGUGUGAGCCAGUUGACUGUGGGCUUCCAGAUAAGUACCAUGUGCACCCUGCCCACUUUGAAUUCCCAGAAGGCACCACCUACGGCAAGAAGAGCACGUUCCAGUGUAAGGAGCCUGCUCAGCUCAUGGGCACAAAUAACACUCUGACCUGUAUGGAGGAUGGUCUGUGGUCAUUCCCAGAGGCUUUGUGUGAGCUCCGCUGUCCUGUGCCUCCUCCCGUCCCCAACGCCAUGCUUCAGACUAAACGCUGCAAUGAGACGGGUCUUAAAGUGGGCACUCUCUGCAAAUACAAAUGCAAACCGGGAUACCAUGUGGCCAACAAGCCAAAGAGAAGAGCCUUCAAGCGUCAGUGCACAGAAGAUGGUCGCUGGUUAGAGGGCUCUUGUGAGCCGGUCACUUGUCCACCUCCUCCACCCGUCUUCUAUGGCAUGUACCAGUGCACAGACGGCUUCAAAUUUGACAGCACCUGCUGGAUCCACUGCAAUAGGGCCAACAACACAUUGAGACAACCACCAUGCAAACAGGGGCUCGGCACCAAUGUCAUCCGCUGCAGAAAGGAUGGGAACUGGACCGGAAACUUCCACUUAUGCCCUCAGCUGAAGGGUCAAUGCUCUCUACCUCAGAACCUGCAUCCCAGCAUCCGUGUCAACUGCAAGAAGGGCCAUGGCAUAGGAGAGGAGUGUGAGUUGUCAUGCAGGGACAGUAACAACGAUGUGGUCAUUCUGCCGAACAACAUGACGGCCAGCAGCAUUAUGAGACAUCACUGGAUGAACCCUCCCAAAGUCAAGCACAUAGUCUGCACCAUGGGUCUGAAGUGGUACCCCCAUCCAGAAGUCCUGCGCUGCAUAAAAGGAUGUGAGCCUUUCAUGGGUGACAAUUACUGUGAUGCCAUCAACAACAGAGCCUACUGCAACUACGAUGGAGGCGACUGCUGCCAUUCCACUGUCAAGACUAAGAAGGUGAUUCCGUUCCCCAUGUCUUGUGACAUCCGAAGAGAGUGUGCUUGCCGGGACCCCAACGCUUUGGAGAACCGAAAGGGAGAGCACUUGCACUCACUUGGUUAACACGCUCCACCAAGCCGGUGUGCAGACUGGGACAGGAUGAGAUCUUCUUCCCAGAAAUGCUGCUGGUUCACAAUUGUACCUAUCCUCUUAUAGCUGUUCAUCAUUUCCAAGUCCAAGUCUACCUGCUAUCUCUUACACUACAUUUGGAAAAGGAUCCCAAUGUCAAGACCUCACAAAGGACCAAAGCUGUUUUGUGUAUAGGCCGGGACACACCAAGCUGACUUUAAAGAACUAGCGGCGACGAAAGCAGAUGGUGUUGUCGCCUCACGUCGGCAGCGUCGGACCAAAAAGCUGCGCUCGAACACACCGCACAUACUACAGCCACAUGCAUUCUGUGCAUGCGUGAGAGGAAUUAACAGUCUAUAUCAGCAGCUAUCAAUAGUAUAUAUUGGUCACUCAAAAGGAGAAACCGAAAACAAAGAUAUACAAGAUAAAUGCAGAUAUACGAAACGUAAACAAAGCAGUGCUUGUUUACCAUUUUGAAUAUCAGUAACGUUGAUAACUUUAAUCAUUUUAAGUGGCUCAUGUUGUUAUGAAAACAUUUGAUUGAUUGGGAAAGAUCACGUAACAUUUAAACAGCUUUCUGUCGGUACCGCCCUUCAUUUACGUGCUCGUUUCAUCACUUUCACUUGAAUUCUUAGCCACUGACUCAUUCGCUAAACUGAGAGUCAAAUCAGAGCUCUCACUCGCGCCGAUGGUCCCCACGGCGAUUUGACAUGUUGAAUCAGGCAAACGCCGCCAACUUGAGCCCAACGAGAGUCGACGAGUGGAACACACCAAAUAAACUAGCCAGACCGUCGCUCGCUAUCGACUUGGUGUGUCCCGACCUUAUUCCAUUUGUAGGUCUCUCACAACCCCUCCAAAAAAAUUAAAACAAGGCAUCUCAAGGGAACCAGACUGAUUUGACCAAAGCCAGAAAAAGAAGAAAUGCACUCUCAAACUCAUUUAGGGGACUUGAUUUGUUUUAGUUUGUCUUGGAUGCGACCUCAGUCAUCCCAGGAAGGUGGUGUGUGGCAUUUCCGCCCUCACCUGUGUCCCUAUAACAAAGAUCAUACUCAGUAAUCAGAGAUUGUUUUAAUGUUCCUGAAACGAUACAAAUCUAUCAAAUACAAAUGCGCAAUAGGGAAGAGCUGCCAGUCUUGUCGCACACUAUUUAUUAUCUGUUAUAAAAUAAUUGCAAUUUGAGGAUUUUUUUUUUUAAAUGCACUCCGAUAGAUCUGUGCAUAAAUAUGGUGAGAAAGAAUUGGUUUCUUUAGCAUGGCUGCUGUUGUUGCUGCUACGAUUGCUGCUAAUUAGUCAAACAACAGACAACAGGAAUAUGGAGGCCAUGAUCUAGUGUGCUGUCAGUCUGCCUUAAUACUUACCUCUUAUCAAUAUAACCAUCCGUGACCGAAGACCUCCCAUUAAAGCUCCAGGCCAGUGCUGAAUUGUAACUCAUCCUGGUCCGAAUGCAAAAUAGACACAAAUUCCUGAAUGUAGAAGCCAUUGACAUAAACAUUUUAUUUAACUGAAAUCGUUAGUUCACCCAAAACCUGAAGAUACUAUAAUUUACUCAUUUGUGUGUGUGUAUGAAAUACUAAAAAAAUAAAUAAAAACAAAUAAAAAAAAUCUUAAAAUAUGCACAUAAUUUCCAUAAAAAUGACAGUUCAAUUAAAAAGCAGUAUUCCAUUCAGGUCUUCUGAAGUCAUACAGGUCUUGUGUGAUGAAAGAUUGAAAUUAAAGUGAAUAUUCACAGAAAAUCUUUCCGUCUGCUGCAGAUCUCACAUGUCAUUCUCCACUCUCUGGUUUCAACACACAUGAGAACCAAUGACAUCAAAGCGUGGUGUGACGUCCAAAGGUGCCAUAUUUCAGUCUGACUGCAAUCGUGGAAGAUAUUUGUGAGCUCUGAUGGAGGGAAAAAAUUUCAGCAACUAAAAACAGUUUAACCUUUGGUCUGUUCCUCACACAAACCCAUCAGCUUCAGAAGACUGCACAAGUACUAUGGACUGCUGCUGUGGUAGUUCUGCGGUUCUUUGCAUCUUAAAUUGACCAUGAUUAUGUAAUAUGAAUGAUGACGACAAAUGGAGACUCUUGCGUACUCUUUCUAAUCUCAGUGAAUCUGCUGCCAGUCAAAAGCGUUUCAAAGGUAGCUUACUGCACAUGUGCCAACUUCGUAACCACUUGUAUGUGUUUUUGCCAAAAGAAAAAAAGAAAACAAUUUAGUUUCAUGGUAAUCGGAAUUACUUUAUAUAUGCAAAGUCGUAAUCAGAUUUCAAAAUCAGAGCGAAAAAGAGAGAAAAGGAAUAUCACUUUAAUGAUUAUUACUUUAAGGGAUAGUUUACCCAAAAAUGGAAAUGUGCUGAAAAUGUACUCACCCUCAAGCCAUCCAAGAUGUAGGUGAGUUUGCUUCUUCGUCAGAUUUGAAGAAAUAUUGCAUUACAUAACUUGCUCACCAAUUGAUCCUCUGCAGUGAAUGGGUGCCACAAGAUUGAGAGUCCAAACAGCUGAUAAAAACAUCACACCAAUCCACAAGUAAACCACACCAUUCCUGUCCAUCAAUUAACAUUUGUGUGAUGAAGAAACAAAUUCAUCUACAUGGCCUGAGGUGGGAGUAAAACUAAAAACUCAUUUUUGGGAGAUCUAUUGCUUUAAUGCAUUCAAAAAUUAAGUUAAGCAGCCGCUAUAUAGGUUUAAUUUAUUUGUUCUUUUGUGUAAUAUUUGGCUACCAACUGUGGACUUCUUCUUCAAACAAACCUCUUCCCCUUAUGGCCUUGACAUUUUUUAACUAGUUUCUCACUAAUGUCUGAAUCUCCAGGUUUGACUCUCUGUAUCAGGUGCGUCAAACCUGCUUCUGGAGUGCCAUCAUCUUAAAGACUGUAGUUGCAGCCCUACUCCAAAACACCUGCCUAAAGAUCUUGACUAGCUGGUUCAGGUGUGUUUAAUUAGCAUUGUUGCUAAACUCUUUAGGGAGAGCCUCGUUUAACCCCCUGGGUCUAUAGUGAUAUCCCCUUAUAUCGGCUGUUCGAUCAAAAUGCCACAAGCCAUAAUGAUGAAGCACAUGGUAAAGAAAUAAGUAUAAUGUUCCUGUGGUACUCACCUGCUGAAGAGUUUGCCAAGUGCAAAAAUCCACGCUUAGGCAGAAAAAUAGCAUUUAACAUUUCUGGUAAGGUUUGUCUUAUUCUUGAGGUUAUUAAUUUAGUGUGAUCGGGCC